AUGCGCGUCUCCAUUCCUACUAUCCCCCAUACCGCUAAGCCCAUUCCCAACGUUACUCUACCAGAGGCAAUCAAGCGUCUCACCGAUUUUCUAAGAGGAGGAGCGACCACGGUGCUCACAGGCGCUGGUGUGAGCGUAGAUUCUGGAAUCAAAGCCUAUCGAGGUCAAGAUGGCCGAUACAUGAACCCUAAUUUCCAGCCGAUAUUUUACCACGAACUCAUAGACGAGACCGAUAAAGGCCACAGAUUCAGGCAAAGAUAUUGGCUUCGCUCGUAUCUUGGCUACCCCCCAGUCAAAAACGCAGUACCGAACGUAUCACAUAUUUCCCUAGCAGCAUUACAGCACGCCUCGGUCGUCCCGAAUAUUAUCACUCAGAACGUCGACGGGUUACACCAGAAAGCCCUUCAACAAGUUGCCCCACAUAAAUGGAACCCAGCACACGCACGCGACGCAAUCCUGGAAUUGCAUGGGACUCUACAUCGAGUAAGCUGCAACAAGGGGCACACGAUUCAUCGAGACCUUUUUCAAGAUUUCCUCUCUGCGGCGAACCCCCAAUGGGACGCGUAUGCACAAGAAUUGAUGAUGUCAGGAACUCGACCAAUAUCGAAUCCAGAUGGCGAUGUGGCGAUUGAACAUCUCGGGAUCUCGUACAGCGACUUUCACGUUCCAGAUUGUUCAACCUGCUUGCUCGAAAACCGCAGAAAUGCUAUCCACAAACCAGAGGUUAUAUUUUUCGGGGAGUCAAUACCACAAAAUGUCAAAGAGCGCUCUUUUCGCGAAGUAGAAAGAUGUGAUCAAUUGCUGUUAAUCGGCACAACAUUGGCGACCUACUCCGCUUUCAGGUUGGUUAAACAUGCGUUAGAGUUGAAGAAGCCAGUAAUGCUUUUGAACAUUGGACCCACAAGGGCGGACGGUAUACAGGAAAUACAAAAACUCAAUAUCGCUAGUGGCGUCGUCCUCAGAGAAGUCGCCAAGGAGAUCAUGUUCGUAUCCUUGUGA